UUCGUGGAUUAAUCAAACCAAACAAACAAAACCCGUCAAAAUGAAAUUCGUUAUCGUAUUCGCUGCCCUCAUCGCUGCCUCAGCCGCUGCUCUUCUCCAAGGCGCCUCACAAGAAGCUUUGGCCACCAUUGUCAGCCAACAAAACGCCAUCUCACCAGACCAAAGCAGUUACACAUACUCAUCACAGACCAGCAAUGGUAUCUCAGCCAAAGCCGAUGCUACAUUGAACCAACCACGUUCAUCUGACGCCAGCGCAUCAUAUGCCGUCCGUGGACAAUACUCAUACCAAGGACCAGACGGUGUUGAAUACACCGUUCACUACAUCGCCGAUGAAUUCGGUUUCCGUCCAACCGGCUCACACUUGCCAGUUGCCCCACAAGCUUAAUUUGAUGUUCAAUUAUUAUUUUUUGUUGAAAAUUGCAAAUAAAAAGAAAUAGUUGAAUUAUUCGAAGA